GUUGUGGAAAUUAUGUGCUUAGAAAGAAGUGAUUCACGAUAGAGCAAGUGUUUGAAUUAGGAUGGUAGAAGUGGUCCUCAUUGACUUUUCUGACGUUCACUAUGAUUACAUUGAGAAGUGGCUGCAUAGUGCGGUGAAUAUCAUCAGCACAUGCAAUUUAACAGAGUCUUCAUAUGUGUUCAUGACGUAUAGCCAGGACAACACCGACAUUGUGAAUAAUGACAUCCAGAAAUACUUGCACCAAUUGUCAAAUCAGGUUGAAAUGCCGAAAGCCAACCUUGAGGUGUUGGUACAGGCCAGUUUUGCUGCUAUCUUAUACACAGUCAAACAGAAGAUUGACAAACAGAGCCUCAGCAACAUUCAGGUGAUUGUAUCCACAGGAAGGAAAGCCGCAUUCGAGGUCUAUGUGCAACAACUUUUCACAGCAACUUAUAAAUUCACAUUUGAGACUCUUGUAAUUGGGAGUGAAGGUGAAAUAAAACUACAGUUACCAGGAACUUGCGUGCUCAUGAGCCAACAAAGAGAUGACAUUUGGAAGGACAUCUGGAUGUUCAUGGCACAACUCAAAGGAGUUAUGGGGGAGAUUGUCAUUCUCAAAUCUCUGCUGAUCCCAGAUUUAUUUCUUCAUGGCUUUACGACCAGAACGGGUGGUAUAUCCUACCUACCAGGCCUAAGUUCCUUAAACCUCUUCAGUAGCUGGAAACGGAGAGACCCAAAAGCUGUGGUUACAGAGAAUAUCCGACGCUUGAGUAUGAGUGCAGGAUUUAACCCUCAAAUGUACUACCUCGCAAAGGUAACACUUCUGCUUUCUGAAUAGAGAGUUACUGUGGUCACUAGUGAACAGUGUGUUCUCAUAAUAUUUGAGGAAGUGGAGAAAUGUUUUUAAUAUGAUGGGCCCUUUUUUUUGACAUUAGUGGGGGUGGAUUUGUAGGGAUUGGAAUGAGGUCAACCAGGUGGAUCUCACAGAC